UUGUUCAUUUAUUAGGGGUCUUCUCUUCCACUCCCAUGCUCUCACUGAAUCUCUCUCUCUCUCUAUCUCUCUUCUUCUCUGUUGGGUUUCUUCAGAUUCAACUCUUCACUCGUCUUCAGGAAUUCCCAACUACCCACUGAGGAAUCGAUGGCUGUGGUUAUCCUUCUUCUUCUUCUGUUAGCAGCUUCUGCAGUAGCAGCUGAUGAAGAUGCAUUUAUUGGUGUGAACAUUGGAACAGACCUCUCCGACAUGCCUCAUCCAACUCAAGUUGUAGCCCUCCUCAAAGCCCAGCAAAUCCGACAUGUCCGCCUAUACAAUGCCGACCGUGCCAUGCUCCUUGCACUUGCAAACACGGGCAUCCAAGUCAUGGUCUCUGUCCCUAAUGAACAGCUCCUUGGAAUUGGCCAAUCAAAUUCCACUGCAGCUAACUGGGUCUCCCACAAUGUUGUAGCGCAUUACCCAGCCACCAAUAUCACAACCAUAUCUGUUGGUUCUGAGGUACUAACGGCCAUUCCAAAUGCAGCCACAGUUCUCGUCAAUGCCCUCAAGUUCAUUCAUUCUGCACUUGUGGCGUCUAAUCUUGACCGUCAAAUUAAAGUUUCAACACCUCUUUCUUCAUCUAUUAUCCUUGAUUCAUUCCCUCCUUCCCAAGCCUUCUUUAAUCACACAUGGAAUCCGGUUUUGGUUCCUAUGUUCAAUUUCUUGCAGUCCACUGGCUCGUUUUUCAUGCUCAACGUAUACCCUUAUUAUGACUAUAUGCAAUCAAAUGGAGUAAUUCCCUUAGAUUAUGCACUCUUCAAGCCUCUCCCUCCAAAUAAAGAAGCUGUCGAUGCUAAUACUCUUCUCCAUUACUCCAAUGUAUUUGAUGCAAUGGUGGAUGCAGCAUACUUUGCAAUGGCUUUUCUAAAUUUUACCAACAUUCCUGUGAUGGUGACAGAAUCUGGCUGGCCCUCAAAAGGCGAUUCUAAUGAACCCGAUGCAACAGUAGAAAAUGCCAAUGCUUAUAACAGCAAUUUGAUAAGGCAUGUGCUUAACAAAACUGGAACUCCAAAACACCCUGGAAUUGCUGUUAGUACCUAUAUUUACGAGCUCUAUAAUGAGGAUAUGAAACUUGGACCGGUCUCAGAGAAGAACUGGGGAUUGUUCGAUGCAAAUGGAUCACCCAUUUACAUUUUACACUUGACAGGAUCAGGAAUGGUAUUAGCAAAUGAUACGUCGAACCAAACUUACUGUACUGCCAGGGAUGGUGCUGACUCAAAGAUGCUGCAGGCUGCAUUAGAUUGGGCUUGCGGACCAGGCAAGGUGGAUUGCUCACCACUGUUGCAGGGAAAACCAUGCUAUGAACCAGACAAUGUGCUUGCACAUGCAACGUAUGCUUUUGACACAUACUAUCAUCAGAUGGGGAAGGAUUCCGGGUCAUGUGACUUCAAUGGGGUUGCUGCGAUCACAACCACAGAUCCAAGUCAUGGUUCUUGUAUAUUUCCAGGAAGUGUUGGCAAGAAUGGCUCCCUGGUAAACAUCACAGCCCCAUCCAUGAAUUCCACAAGUUCGGAUUCUUCAGGCCACAGCAUUUACAGCAGCGGUUUAACAAGCGUCCUCAUUAUUGUCGGAGUUCUAAUAUGGAGUGCAGUAUUCUUGUAGUUGGGUGGUAUAUGCCAAAUUUUGAGGUAGAUGGUGCUUGGAGGAGCUUUUCAUUGUUCGGUUAAUGAGUAGGGUAGUUUAGAGAAAAUGGUCCAUUCAAUUUUGUACAAAACAAGCUGAAGAAAGGGCGUGAAUGUAUUUUGGGCUUCAUCU